AUGCAAGAUGGGCUCACAUAUGGAGUCAUGACAUUCCUAUUCGACUCUCCACACCAGGGUUCUUACCACGUAGUAUGGUAUACCGUAAGAGAUGAGUGUCAUCAGCGAGAUGUUGCUAUUUAUGUCUUGAAACGGGUUUUUGUGACCCUGGUAUGA